AUGAAGAGCUGGCUCAGUGUUCGGUCUGCGGCCAUCUUGGGCGCAGGCUUCUUUCUGCCGCCUGCUAGUGCAAGAGAAGUCGAAUGUCCUAAUCCUGCGGAGAUUGUCAUCCAUGAACCUGCAGAACUCAUUUGCUGCGGAUCUACUAUGUCAACUACCUAUACUCGAAUUACUACAGAGUGUUCGGGUAUUCCUGCUUAUGUUACACCUGGAGUCCCAAUCCCUGAGGCAGAAUGUGUGACUACUACUCAGCCUUGGACUGGGACUGUGACUGAGACGAUUACAAUUCAUGCUAGUGGUAGGGCUCCAGGCACGAAAAUUAUAAAAGUCCCUGGAGGAAACCCAGACUGUAUUACAACUACUAUUGGCUGGACUGGCACUGUGACGGAAACAGUUACAAUUCCUGCUUACGGCAAGGGCCCAAGCACAAUAAUCGUCAAGACUCCUUGUGAACAUCCCGACUAUAUUACCAAAACUGUUCCUUGGACCGGAGCUGUCACCGCUACGGCUACAGUUCCCCCUUACCAUGACAAGCCUGGUGAGAUCAUUAUCAAGACUCCCCAUGCCCAUGGCCCUCUCUAUGUUACCAAAACUCUUCCUUGGACGGGAAGCAUGACAGUCACCUACACGGAGCCUCCCAGAGGAACCAAUCCUGGAACAGUCAUCGUCAGGACGCCCCAGAAGUAUGUAACCGAGGUAAUUCCCUGGAGUGGAAGUAUUACGCAUACCCGUACUAUAGCGCCCUCUGGAACUCAUCCUGGUACUAUAAUCAUUGAGACACCUACUAUAUUCAGCCAUGGGACGAAACCGACAUCGUUGUCAAAGUCGGCUACAUCAUCCAAGCCAACCACGUCGUAUGGAACAGCAUUUGGGAGGCCCACCGAUUCUCAUGGGACACAUACGUCGACAACACUGAAGCCCACCACUUCUUCGAAACUGAAUACAUCUGAGAAGCCAACAUCAUCUGGGCAUAUCUCAUCUCACGGGACCACUACCUCGCACAGCAGUGGUUCGUCCCAUGCCACCACAUCGUCCCAUGGAUCUUUAUCAUCUCACGGAACUUCAUCAUCCCAUGGUUCUACCUCUUCUCAUGGUUCAACUUCAACUCAUGGAACUUCGUCUCCUGAGACAGCAUCAUCUCAUGGUACUUCAUCCUCACAUGGAUCUACUAGCUCGCACGGCUCUGUUACCUUAUAUGGCUCUACGUCGUCUCAUGGGUCAACUUCAACCUCAUCUCAUGAGACUGCAUCUUCUCAUAGAUCUGCAAGUUCUCAGGUCUCCACUACUGCCUCACAUGGAACAACUACAUCCCAUUUCAACCUCAGUGCAUGGAACAGACUCAACUCACAGUUCAACCUCAACCCAUGGUUCAACCUCAACCCAUGGUUCAACCUCAACCCAUGGUUCAACCUCAACCCAUGGUUCAACCUCAACCCAUGGUUCAACCUCAACCCAUGGUUCAACCUCAACCCAUGGUUCAACCUCAACCCAUGGUUCAACCUCAACUCAUACAACCGUAUCAUCGCAUGGAACGUCGUCAUCCUCAUUACAUGGAUCUACAACCUCGCAUGA